UGCCCAUCAUGGUUGCUACAGAGGCUAUGGCUGAUGACGCAGAAUGUCCUGUAUUCGAGAUCAAGCAAGAUUUUUUUCAAGAAGCAAAAACUCUCAUUGCCCAACAUUAUGAGAAAAUAAAUGAGAAUAAAGUUCAAAGUACUUCUAUAAAUGUUUUUAAAAAUAAACAUCAAACCCCCAAAUCUGGCAAAUUCAUACCUUUGGAGAUUAAAAAAAAGGAAGCACUUGAUGUGGUCCAAGAAUUUCGGACAGCACACAGAAGUAUUUGUUUUCCCAAAUACCUGUACAAAAGUGAACAUUUUAAGGAGCCCUCACAACGAACUUCUUUCAAGGAGCCAGACAUUUUUAAUGUAAAGGAAAAAUUCAAGGACUGUAUGGAUCUAAUCACGAAAGAACAAGUUAAACUGGGUAAAAUAGUGACAAAUAUUGAAUCAGUGGGUAAAAAAAUGGAGAAAGAAAAGCAUCAGCACCAUGGGAAGUCCAGAAAUAAAAUGUGAGACAUACUUCACCCCCCCCCCCUUCACCUACCUUGGGCUCCAAACUCAGCACAGAUGGAAAAGAUUAAAAAGCCAGACAAAACAUUCUCCGAUUGGAAAGGAAUCAUGCCAACAAAGUCUUCCCGUUUGACUCCUCCCCCAAGCUGGCCUAGUUUGUAUGGGUCAUCAUCAGUGUUUCGGGAUUACUAUAAGAAGAUCUGCAGUGAAAUCUGUAAUGAAAACAUACUAAUAGUUUUCAAAAUUUUCACAAGUUUGCUUAAGAAGGAACAACAGCCUAUCAAACCAAAGCCAGGACCAAAGCCAGGACCUGGGCUGAAGUCUAUUCUAAGUAAAAGUGGAAAACUCGACAAUAAAGUUAAAAGGAUUGGACCACACAUAGAAAUUUUCCAAGUGUUCCGGGAAAGGACCAAACUCAUAAAUAACAAAAAAGUAGUUAGAAUGAUCACCAUCAUGCAAGCCUAUGUCAGAGGAUGGCUUGAACGCAAAAGAUUGCAGAGAAUAAUGAUCAAGGCUUUGUCUCAUGGACCAAAUUUGAGAGCAGUUAUAAAGAUGUAUCAUAGACAGAUCCAUCGUGUUAAAUAUCGACUUGGUCUUUGGAGGACAAGACAAAUUAUAAACUUUGCAGAGCUAGAGGAAUGGAUGGACAGAAAAAAGUUCUAUGAAACAAUGUUUGCUAAGAGAGAAGAUUGGCAAGGAUUAGAAAGAAGUGAGCUCCUCAAAUUCUUCAAUGACUGUGGUCAUUUCCCAACCCAGCAGCAAAUUGACGAGGUUUGGGACCUGGUCCAUAGAGACCAUGAGAAAUAUUCUGAACUCAUCAAGAAGUACAAUGCAAUUGAAAUGUUAUUUACGCUCUAUCCUCCUCAAGGUGCCCAUGUGCAUAAUAAUAUACGACUUAGGUCAACUUGGCUGAGACCCAUAGUAAAUGGGGAAGAAGGAUACAGAUAUAUAAUGAAUGGACAUCCAAUACUCAAGAGAGCUAACAUCCGAAUUGUUGGAAAGUUAGUAUCCAGAUCUAUAAGAGAAAGGAAAAUGAGACAUUUAUCGCGAGAAGUAGAAUAAUGUUUCAAUACAAUUUUAUUAUCUUAAGAGUUGAACCUUUCUACCCAAA